CCCAGUAAGCGGAGGCCCCUCGCCCCCGGCCCGGCUCUCGCGGCGCCCCAGGCUGGGGGGAUGCCGCGCCCUCCCCUCUGCCCCCGGCCUCGAAUAUGGGCGCAGCUGCCUCCAAGAGGAAGGCGCUGAGGAGCGAGGCCAUGUCCUCGGUGGCGGCCAAAGUGCGAGCAGCCCGAGCGUUUGGGGAGUAUCUGUCACAAAGUCACCCUGAGAACCGGAACGGCUCAGAUCACCUGUUGGCUGAUGCUUUUGCUGGCCAGGACGAGUCUCCUGAGAUGCAGCCUGCUUCCCAGAACAAGCGCCGCCUCUCUCUCAUCUCCGACGGCCGCUACGAGGGAGGCUUCUUGGAGGAGGCAGCCCGUGAAAAGGCAGCAACUGAGGGCCCUAAGCCCAGGGUCUACACUAUUUCUGGGGAGCCUCCCCUGUUGUCUGACCCUGAGGCAGAGGGCAUCGAGCUGUCGGUCAUGAAGGGCCGCCAUCGAGAGGAGCACCACCAGAGCCAGCCCUUGCAGGGCUCGGGCAGCAGUGAGAGUGUUGGCCGGCCCUGCAAGAGCUGGGCUGGCAGCCGCCAGGGCUCCAAGGAGUGUCCCGGCUGCUCCCAGCUGGCCCCAGCCCCCUCCCAGCAGUCUUUUGAGAUGGACCAGCACCCGGCCCCUGAGCCCUCGGGCCGGCGCAAGAAGCUGGAGCGGAUGCACAGCAUCGACCGUGUGUCUGAUGAGGUCCCGGUCCGCACCUGGUUCCCCAAGGAGAAUCUCUUCAGUUUCCAGACUGCAACAACCACUAUGCAAGCCAUCUCGGUGUUCAGGGGCUACGCUGAGAGGAAGCGCCGGAAACGAGAGAAUGAUUCCGCAGCCGUAAUCCAGAGGAAUUUCCGGAAGCAUCUGCGAAUGGUGGGCAGCCGGCGUGUGAAAGCCCAAACCUUUGCUGAGCGUCGAGAGCGGAGCUUCAGCCGGUCCUGGAGCGACCCCACCCCCAUCAAAACCGACUCCUUCCACGACUCCCGAGACAGCCAUGAUCUCCAGAACUCCUGCUGCACUCUGGAUGAGGACCUCGAAGACCUGGACUGGGAGACUGAGAAAGAACAGGAAGCUGUGGCGUGUGAUUUUGAGGACUUCAUCCCCCCCAAGGUCAUGCUCAUAUCCUCCAAGGUUCCCAAAGCUGAGUAUAUCCCAACCAUCAUCCGCAGGGACGACCCGUCCAUCAUCCCCAUCCUCUAUGACCAUGAGCAUGCGACCUUCGAGGAUAUAUUGGAGGAAAUUGAGAAGAAGCUGAAUAUUUACCACAAAGGGGCCAAGAUCUGGAAGAUGCUGAUCUUCUGUCAGGGUGGCCCAGGUCACCUCUAUCUACUCAAGAACAAAGUAGCCACAUUUGCCAAAGUGGAAAAGGAAGAAGACAUGAUUCACUUUUGGAAGCGCUUGAGUCGUCUGAUGAGCAAGGUGAACCCGGAACCAAACAUCAUUCACAUCAUGGGCUGUUACAUUCUAGGGAACCCCAAUGGGGAGAAGCUGUUUCAGAAUCUCAAGACGCUCAUGAUGCCCAACAGGGUGGCCUUUGAGUCUCCUCUGGAAUUGUCAGCACAAGGGAAACAGAUGAUCGAAACGUACUUUGACUUCCGGCUGUACCGUCUCUGGAAGACGCGCCAGCAUUCCAAGCUGCUUGACUACGAUGACAUCUUGUGAGGCUGGACGAGGAGCCCCUAGACCGCCUGUUGCCCAGCUGCCCACCAUCCCCCUCGAUAGCCACUGAUCGAGACACUUUGUUUUCUGGAUGGCCUGGUCAGGGCCAGCCAGGCGCCCUCCGGCCACAUGGAGUCCAGAGGAGGUUGUGGAGAGGCCCCGUGGCAGAGCAGGCCCGAGGGGGUCACCGCGGAGGGGCUGCACUGGGCCCGUUCAGGGCUAGGUUGUUUUUGGUGUCUCCUGCUCAGAAUUUGCCUCAGGUCCUCCCCAGACGUUCCAGAGCUCAGGUUUUCUUAUAGAACCAACCCAACGUCUGCACUAACUAACAGUGGGCUCUCAGGGCCCACCAGGUAGAGCAGGGAGAGACUCUCUUCCUUGCAGGAAGUUAAACUUGGCCCCCAAGAAAAUUUGGAGGCCAGACCAGGCCUCAGCUGGAGAUCUACAAGGGCCUGAAACACUUGGAAACAGAAGCUUUGACUCCUGUAGGUUUCAUAGAAAAUAAGUGCACUUUUUUAACCACUAAAGGGAUUUAAAAGCGCAAAAUGCUAUUUAAUUAGUUAAGGUAACUCACCAGUAGAUGAAGCGUUCCAGUCUGCUAGACAGUAUAUUCAGGAUAGUGAUUUAUCUUCUAUAGACAUAUUUAAUCACCAGCAACGUGGUUUCCUUGUCGCUGGCGGCUCUGUUCUCUGUGCCUAGUCCCAAGAGCAGCUGGAGUCUGGUUUCUAUGUGCCUGGCCCUGAGGGUAGCCAGAGUCUAUUUCUUGUCUGUGUGGCCCUAAGAGUGCCCAGAGGGUGGCAUUUCCCCCCGUACUUGGCCCUGAGGUCCACAGGAGCCUGAUUUCUUGCAUAGAUGGCCCUAAAGGUACCUGGCACUCAUCCUAUGUGCUUUUAUUCCUCCCCAUAGAAUUGACCUCUCCUUCACUACUUGUAGAAGGCCAUACGCCUGAGGUUUGCUUAACUUCCCCUGGGCUGCGGCUGGGGCAGGAAGCCCCAGCCCCUCAUUAGAAGCUUAUUGAGGCUGUUCGUCCCAGGAGGAUGUGGUCCUUUGAGUAGCACAGGGCUGAACCUCCUGGCUGCAUGGGGAGAUGUAUUUACUUAAGUAUCUCGGUAACCUCCAAGAAGGAGCUGCCAGCCUAACAGCUUUUAUUACUUGACAAGGUUGGCCCAGAGAUCUUUGUGGCUGUUGAGUUUUGCAUUUCUUGCAUUUCUCUGGCCCUCUGGCUCCUUUUGCUGAAAAAGAAGCAAGCAGGUUCCAUUGCUCUGGUUCCAGGAAGCUGGGGUCCUGGGUUUGAUGUGGCCUCCGAGGAGACUUUUGAGGUCUGAAGGAGGCCCCAAAACUUCCACGGAGGAUGCCUGGGACCCCGGGGGAGAGAGGGGUCUGUGUGUCGCCUCUUCAGAGUUAGGGGAAGCCAGAGAACCCAGACUGAGUUUGGCGUGGAAACGAGGAAGGGCCUGAGCUUCUCAGCAUCUCGUGGGGUUCCCGUUCUCCAGGACCAUUUCAUAGAGGAACUAUGUUGCUGCUGUGGGUGGGGUUGGCGCCCCGGGGCUGGGACAGUGUAUGAUAUUAUUGAGAGAGAUGCCACAUUAAACCCUGACACACGACCUCCUAUGCUGGAGCUACAUCCCUCUCUAUUUCCUCAGGAAUUCUGUCCCUAUCUUCUGUCUUCUGCCCUUCCCUCGAGUCCAUCUGUGACUUCCCUGGAGGAAGCAGCCCUCCGAAGCCACGGUGGGUUUGGAGAUCCCCAUACACCCUCUAUCUAGAUCUAUCCCAGUGCCCUCCCACUGUUUCUCCUCUAUAAGAGAACUCCUCUUUCCCCCGUCCCAUUCCACCUCCAGCCAACCUCCCCUCAAGACCGGCUUCAGCCCCCUCACCCCAACUUCAACCUGCAAUCUCUCCCGUCCCCUGAUCCCACUCAACCUUGAUCUCAUGACCUUCCAGCCCAACCUACACACAGAGCAGACACACUCCGCUCUGUAGUAGGCGACUGGUCUGGCUUGUUUCUGGUCAUGGGGGGAGUUCCUCAGUACCCCUUCAUCUCUGUCUCCCACCAGACUGAUGUAUGAGGGGUAGGCAAAGCCCAACCCACCUUUGUCCUUAUUUCACAAUGUUUCCUGGUACUAAGGGAGUGAGUGUGUAUGACCGUGUGUACAAUACAACAAGCAUUCAUUAAGCACCUACUA